AUGGUCAACUCCUGCUGUGGCUCUGUCUGCUCUGAGGAGAGCUGUGGCCAAGGCUGCUGCCAGCCCACCUGCUGCUGCCAGCCCACCUGCUGCAGGCCCAGCUGCUGUGUGUCCAGCUGCUGCAGGCCCUCUUGCUGCAUCUCCAGCUGCUGCCGCCCAUGCUGUGGCAGUUCCAGCUGUUGUGGAUCCAGCUGCUGCCGUCCCAGCUGCUGCAUUUCUAGCUGCUGCAGGCCUUCCUGCUGCCGCCCCAGCUGCUGUAUAUCCAGCUGCUGCAGACCAUCUUGCUGCAUCUCCAGCUGCUGCCGCCCCUGCUGUGGCAGUUCCAGCUGUUGUGGAUCCAGCUGCUGCCGUCCCAGCUGCUGCAUUUCUAGCUGCUGCAGGCCUUCCUGCUGCCGCCCCAGCUGCUGUGGAUCCAGCUGCUGCCAGCCCAGCUGCUGCAUUUCUAGCUGCUGCAGGCCUUCCUGCUGCCGCCCCAGCUGCUGUGUGUCCAGCUGCUGCCGUCCCAGCUGCUGCAUUUCUAGCUGCUGCAGGCCUUCCUGCUGCCGCCCCAGCUGCUGUGUGUCCAGCUGCUGCAGGCCUCAGUGCUGCAUCUCCAGCUGCUGCCGCCCCACCUGUUGCCAGACCAGCUGCUGCCGCCCAGCUUGCUCUAGCAGUUCUUGCUGCUGA